AAGGGUCUGCCCGGUUUAUGGUAAAUGAGAAGUGCCCAGCUCCAAAGAGUUUGAGAGAGAGAGAGAGAGAGAGAUGGCAGGGUUGCUUGCUUGGGCUGCAGAUGUCGUAGGAGGAGGUGGGCAAAACAACGAUGAAGACGAGAAGAAUCGAUUCCCAGAAGUCGUGUUCACUCCCGAGCAACAGAAAUAUGUAGAGGAGUUAGACCAGAAAGCUGGUUCUCUCAGACGUACGAUCCAGGAUCUGCGAUUGAGAAUCCCUCCUCCUCACAUCUCCCAACGCCUUCCACACCUCCAUGCUCAUACCCUUGCUUCUAAUGCGGCUCUUGCCCUCCAAUUGAAUGCUCACUCCUCCACACGGGAGCAGGCACAAUUAAGAGAGGCUACGCUGCAGGAAGAAAAUGCUGCAUAUGAAAAGGUUAUAUCAAAUUGUGAAAAGAAAAUACAGGAGAAGUUGCAGGAAGCAGAUCAUCUUCAGAGUAAGCUAAAGGAAAUGGAAAUGACUGAGAAGUAUUUGAGGUCUGAGUUGGAAAAAAUGCAAGCUACAUUGGAGACAGACCGUUCUGCUAAAUCACCAGUUGAUCCAAGUACCACAUUGGAAUCUAAAGAUGAUACAGAGGCUUCAAAGGAUAUUAUAUUGGACAAGCUAGAAAAUAAGAGAAAAGAGAUGAGUUCCAUUGAAGAGGGAGUUCAAGACUUGGAGAAAAAAUGGGCAAUGGUUCAGCAUAAUUCGUUGAGGCAGCCUUCUCCAGCACAGAGGGAAAAGAUUUUGGAUAAACAGCUUCACAGUCUGAUUGAGCAACUAGAAGCAAAGCAAACACAAGCACAAGGCCUGGUUAGUGAAAUCCAUCUCAAAGAGCAAGAAUUGGAGCGAUUGAAUGAGUUGUGGAAGAGGGUUGAAAAUGGGAAUAUAGAGGCAAGUAAUGCAAGAAACCGUUUUGGUAGAAGCAACUCAGAGAGGGGAUCUUCUUCAGAUUACAUUGUCGAUGCUCAUUCCAGGCCUUCUUACAUGGGUGGUCGAACAGAAAGCCAGCAGAGGCUAAUGCUACUCAGAUCUGCCUUUAUUCUCUAUAUUUUGGUUCUCCACAUUUUGGUCUUCAUCAAGAUUUCGUUUUAAUCUUGCUUCAAGACACCAUUUGCUUCCUCCUCGUUGUAUGUAUUACAUUUAAUGUAUAAUUCAAUUAAAUUCAAUGACUUUUAUUCCCAUUCUUCAACCAUAGGUUUUUCUUUUAACGGUUGUUUGAGGCCACAGAGAUGCUGCAAUGUUAUUUCAUUAUGUAUUCAACUACUUGGCUAACUUUUGAUGCA